AUGCCACCCCGGAACCGCCCUCGACCCCGGAACCGCCCUCGGAACUACCCUGGACCCGCUGAUGAUGAGGUCCAAUACCUCGGGUUCCAGCGCGUCGACGUCGAGAAGAGUGAGGUCCACCGGACGAAGCUCGAGGAGGAUGGUUUAGUUUACUGCGGGUACCUCAACACGGAGGAUUAUUCAAGGCGUCCUCUGCCACCACAUGUCCGCCAAACGCAGGGACCGGUCGUGAUCGAUCUGGUCUCUUCGGAUGACGAAGACGACUCGGAGCUCACCCUGAGUGUGGCCAGGCGGGCUACUGACGUGUCGACUGCUGCGUCGACUGCUGCGUCGACUGCUGCGUCGAGCUCGUCUUCGUCGGGCGCCCGGAGCACUAGAUCCAGCGCGCGGUUGGCCAACAAAAUAGCUCACAAACCAACUUCUCCGUCUUCACGCGGCAAACACUCUGCUCCUAGAACGUCAAAGGUCCCCACCGUGAAGAAACGGCAACACGAAGUCAAAACGGGCCGGGAGACCAGGCGACAGCGAGUGCGCAAGCGGCGUGUUGAACGAUCGACCUCGCCGUCGAACACUGCAGAAUGA